AUGAUUAGAAUAUAAAAAUGUACCGGGGAUGAAGAGAUUGAGCAAGAAAAGGAUAUUAACUAAUGGUUUGAGAGAAUGUAUACAGAAAUAAGUGCUAAACAAUAAGAAACUAAAUUAAGAACUGAUAAAUAUAAUGUUGAAAUAAAACCAAAUAUAAAAAAACAUAAAAUCUGCUUUCGAGAUGAAAUCAAUCCUGAAUCUGGAUUAGUGGAUGUUAAUAUUGUUGAAAAUUGGAAAGUAUAUAAUAUUAACGAAAGAAAUCCAGUAGAUGAUUGUUUUUGUUAAACCUCAUGA